UGUGGACUCUGUAUUGGCUUAUACAGCAGGGCACAUUUGGUCUUAAUAUUGGUUAGAAGGAGACAUAACACGAUCCAUUUUCGCAUUGAAAAGUAAAAACGUCAAUCGCUAACGUCGAAAAACAAAAUAGGAGGCGGAUUAGUUUGUUAGCGUGGGAUUUCUAGGUUGAGUUAACUUAAUAUAUCAAUAUUUUUUAGCGAUUUUCUUCAACUAAGGGCAUUCGGUGGGGAAGCAACACAUGAAAUUGGUUACACUGAUUCUUUUCUACCCAUCCAUACGGAUUUUACAUUCAACCACUUUGUGCCUGCGGUAAGUAUUUAAUAUUUAAACUUAUAGUGGCAGGUAAUAUAUCAGGUUAUUGGCGGAGAAAAGGCGCAUUAUAAGUGCACAUAUCGACAGACUAGUCCCUAGUCCUCUUUGCACGUCUUUUAUCAUUCCGUGACGUCAGCAUAUUAAUGAUAACGCGUACUAAGACGUAUUAAGAACUCUAGAGACUAGGCUGGUAUAUUGAUGUGUAAUGCAGGGACUUAUAACAGGUUAGAUGUCGAAACUGUAACGGCGAACUUCGGCGACCUAUUUCCGACCCACAUGCACCCUCGUACCUAGUGCUUCUGCGCUUGUGAGAGCCGCAAGCGCAGAAGCCCUGGCUACGAGGUUGACCCACAUGCUUCUGGCGUGCGACACACAUGUAUCUUCAAAUGCCAAAACAUUUUUAUUUCCACAUUUUCUGCAAAAACUUUUCGAAGUCUACUCACCGCUUUCAAAUGAAAACUGGAUUUUAUAAUUUAACCUUGGCAGUGAAACGAAAAUUGGAUUAAAAUAAGUCAUACCUUUAAGAACUUUAUAUGAGUACAGAGAAAAACUCGCAGAACUACAUUUAAUACAUUUUGGCAAAGCAUUCGCUGAACAAAUAAUGCUCUAAAAUUCAUCAAUCAAAUCUUGUAAUCAAGAUCGUAAAUGGUAGAAAUUAGCAUGCAACAAGCCAGAGUAGAGAAUAUAAUUAAAUUUCAGAUCAAAUUACGAUGUAGCAGUUUCUUCAGUUAUCGUUAUUAGCAUUACGCCAUUCCUUUCCUUUCCUCGACGGUUUAGCUCAUCAGUAUUCCAUUAUCAUCUAGCGCACCACGUUGUUAUUCAUUUUUAUAAAAAAUUAAAGCUCUCUUGACUUCUCAUCGGUGAAUUCAGUUUAUUCCUUAUUGUUGUCUUUUCUGCUAAAAAGAAGGGUAAGACGCUGAGGAUCCUGUACACUAUUUAAACGCUUUUUACAAAAUGUGUUUUGUGACAGACAAACUUUGUUUACUAGUAAUUUUUUAAUAACGUGCGCCGAUUAAAUUACGGAAUUUAAAAUAACGUUAUAUAAAUUUAUAAUUUGUAAACGACGUUUGUCCAUCACAAAACAUUUGGAAGGCCAUAGUAAAAAUUGAUUCAGUAUUUAAAAUGGCGAUGUAAGAAUAGAUUAUCGGAAUCAAAAAGCAAAUCGAAGUUGAGAAAGAUUUUCCGUUGGGAAGAAAACAAUGUAAUAGAGCUUACUUACAUUUCUUUCGCCGAAAUUGGGGGAGGGCUUUAUGAGAGAGAGAUCUUAUUUGGGAGAGGAGACUUAUAUGACCGGGAAUUUUAUGGAGAGGUUUAAUAGAGGAUUUACAUUUUCUCUUUAGGUUGCAAUGCUUCAUUGCAUUGAGCAAACGGAAGGUGAAGGUGGUGCCAAUUUAUGGGUAGAUGGUUUCCAUGCAGCAAAUCUCCUCUUUGAAGAAGAUCAAGAAUCAUUUCAAAUAUUGGCGAAUACACCUGUGGCAUUUCGUAACGUAACACAGACGAAAGUUGGAAAAUUCUAUAGUGCAUCCCGUCGUCCUAUAAUCAGGUUAGUGGUAUUAUUCCCUGUUAUAAUAAUAGUGUACGUUCUAUGGGUAGACAAGGCCAAUUUUUAAGCUCUGUUUGCUUCCAGUAUAUUUGCGCCCUGAAGAAGUAUUGAUAAGAGUGAGGAACCAUGCUAUUUGAAAUACACAACGCGCGAGGGCUUCGUAAUCCAGAACGGAAUCUUUGAGAAAUGAAGCCAAAAAGAUUAAUGCUACGACACAAUUGUUUCAUCAGUCAUACUUUAUUUGACACAAACUGAAAAAGUAAUUUUGAGAGAUGAACACUUAGUUCACAAGAUAUGGAAAAUGCUCUGCGUAAAACAAGACACUUGUGUGGCAUUUAAUUGCAAUCAGCAAAUUGUUUUGGAGAAAGUGGGAAAUAUGUUAUUUUUUUCUUUCUAGAGUUGAUCAUGAAAAAAAGAUAGAGCAGGCAACUUACAGCGAUGAAUUUCGUUAUAAUCACAUGUCAAUCGAACCCAAGCUUAUGAAAUCCUUUUAUAAAGCCUACUUUCGCUACUCUGAAUUAAUGGUAGACGAGAAAACCUCGUUUUGGCAUAAAAUGAAACCAGGUGAUCUCAUGACAACCAAUAAUUAUCGAGUUCUACAUGCAAGAACUGCAUUUAAAGAUCGAAGCGACAAUGUGAGGUUACUUGAGCUUGGGUAUUUCGAUUUGGAUUGUGUUCAGUCGAAAAUUCGUUUGCUUGCUGAAGAACAAGGAAUACCUUCACCACUGGUUUAAAAAGGAUUUGUGAUGAUUUUGAAACAUAUUGAAUGAGUAUGAUACAAUUAUUUGUAGAAGUUAUCAAUGUCAUUUUACAUAAAGCUAGGUUAAUAAUUAUUGUAUUUAACCCGAAUCAUAUAUAAAGCUCAAUAUUCGUGAACUUUUCAUCCAUUGUCUUAUUUAGAAGCCAUUGGAGUUCAUCUUGUGGGGUCAUGUGGUCAUGCAUUUAUGGCUACAUUAUAUACCACAAAUAUUGUAAACAGUUAAUAAAUAUACUCUACUUAAGGGGUAUGUACGGUACAUAAUUGCAAAAUACCAACCUAUAACUAAACUACACAUGUCUUAGGCUAAACUUUAAUAUUAUUAAUUGCAAAAUAUAAUAGAUAUUUGAUUUCCAAAAGAACCACAGCCCACAGGGAGUAGAAACGCACAAUAUUCAAUAUAUUUAGACAGUUACAAUAAGCUAUAUUCAUAUAAAUUACCUUGUCACCCUUGG